AUGAGGCGCUUCUCCACGGCCGUCACCAUCACCGACCCGCUGGUCAAGUAUCAGAGCCUGCUGUCCGCCGGCGUCUACUGCCCGGACCCGGCCCAGCACCGCCUCGCCCGCCACCUGCGCAAGGUCUACCUCCGGAUCAAGGAUUACUCCCCGCAGCGCGAGUACCAGCAGCGGCUGUCGCAGGCCGCGCGCCUCACCGAGUCGUCGCGCCCGGGUGAGGGGUCGGACAACAUCCUCGCCGUGCCGAGUCACGCGAUCUGGCGCAACCCGCUCUUCAAGCACCUGCUCCCGAAUGCGGAGACGCGGGACAGCGUCGCCCUGACGCGCGUGCUGCAAAACCACGAGCUGGCGAUUGAAAUCGACUCGCCAAAGGGUCUCUUUCUCUCGGGCGAAGUAGGCACCGGCAAGUCCAUGCUGCUGGACCUGCUGGCCGACGGACUUCCUCACCAGCGGAAAAAGCGCUGGCACUUCAACACAUUCAUGUUGUACACCUUUGCACAGCUCGAAAAGUACCGCUCAGCAAACCAGCAAAGUGCAUUGAGACGCCGCAAUGAAGAGCAUUCGCUGCUGUGGAUGGCCAAGAAGCUGGUCGACGAGUCGCCCAUUCUCUUCUUGGAUGAGUUUCAGCUUCCUGAUCGCGCCGCCAGCAAAAUUCUCAGCCACUUAUUCAUUGCCUUUUUUCAGCUUGGCGGCGUGCUGAUUGCCUCGUCCAAUCGAGUACCCGAAGACUUGGAAAAAGCUACGGGUGUCGAUUACACAAAUGCCCCGCGCCUAGGCAUCAUGCGCAAAUUCUUUGGAGGCGGUCGUGCUGGCAGCGAGUUGUACGGCCAAGCUAGUGAUUUCUCUAAGCUCCUGGAAGUUCUCAAGGCUAGAUGUGACUUUUGGCAAAUGGAAGGCGUUCAAGACUGGCGGCGGCGUGAAGAUACCGGGCUGCAACUCGAAGAGGCAGCGGGGAACUUGCGUGAUCUGACUGGGUCAGUCGCAGCAAAAGAAGACGACGCUCCAAAGUCGGCCGACAGACCGCCAAGUUACUUUAUCAGCGGCCAAGGGGAUGAGAACUGGCCUGACUAUAUAAAAGAAAAGGCGUUUGGAAGCAGUCCUGACAACAAGUGGACGUCAGAAACCAUUGUUGUCUAUGGCCGCACAGUAGUCAUCCCGCAGCACCACAAGGGCACCGUCUUUUGGGAUUUUGAGCAGCUAGUCGGCACCUUUGGUCCAGCAGACUAUAUUACGAUGGCGUCAUCAUACCACACAUUCAUCAUUGAUAACGUGCCCGCCCUGUCCAUUCUGCAGAAGAACGAGGCACGCCGCUUCAUCACCUUUCUCGACGCCCUCUACGAAGCCCGCUGUAAGCUCGUCGUCCGCGCCGAGCGGUCCCCCGACCAUCUCUUCUUCCCCGAGCCGACCAAGAAGCCGACCAGCGCAUCCGGCGACACCGCCGAGGACGGCGACGCCACCUACUCGGAGACCAUUGCCGAGGUGUACCAGGACCAGAUGGCGCCGUUCCGCCCCAACAUUGCCUACUACGACACCAAGAGCGCCACGGCGCGGUACGACCCAGACCAGGACUCGGACUUUGGGCUCGAAAAGCAGCAGCAGCAGAAGCAGAGCGGGGUCAACUUUGGCAACAUCGGCGCGUUUACUGGCGAGGACGAGCGCUUCGCGUACAAGCGCGCCGCGUCGCGCCUGUGGGAGCUGUGCAGCGCGCGCUGGCACGCCCGCACGGGGUGCUGGUGGCAGCCGCUGCCGCUCGAGGCGCGGCACUGGGAAGGCGGCGUGCCAGCGCAGCGGCCGCUGGACGGACCCGUGUUGGGCGGGAAGCAGCCCACGGGGGAAAGCAUGGGCGCGAGCGUCGACGCCGACGAGGUGGCGGGAUUGUCGCGCUACAGGAUCGAACAUAUGAAGCAGAGCGGGGACCCGGAGCACAGAUAG